UGUCAAACGAUUUAGUUUCAAUUUGUGUCUUGUGUGUUACGUUUGAGCGAUGAGCUUCUCUGGGAAAGUGGUGAUGAUGACCGGAGGUAGCUCUGGUAUUGGUGCGGCUACGGCUCUAGCCUUUGGUAGAGAAGGAGCCCGCGUCGCCAUCGUUGGCAGAAACCAAGCAAAACUGGCUAGCGUCGCUGCCACCUUCACUGGCCUGCCACAACCGCUAAUAAUAGCUGCUGACAUUGCUGACAACAACCAAGCUUCAACUAUAAUACAAAGAACUAUCAAAGAGUUCGGAAAACUUGACGUUCUCGUCAACAACGCAGGGAUGUCUCAUAACGGAAGCAUUCUUGAAGGAAACCUCAUGGCAGCUUACGAUAACGUAAUGGCAACGAAUCUACGAGCGCCGAUCCACCUGACAACCCUUGCAGCACCACAUUUAAUCAAAGCGAAAGGGAAUAUCAUUAACGUAUCGAGCAUAUUAGGGUUGACAACUACUCCGAUGCACGUUUUGAUGGCAUAUUCUAUUUCGAAGGCCGCGUUAAAUCAAUUCUCAAAAGCCGCAGCCCUAGAGUUAGCCCCCCAUGGUGUUAGGGUGAACAUCAUCUCUCCAGGACCGGUGAAGACUGAGAUUCUAGAGACCAACAACUUUCCAGGAACAUGGGACGAUUUCCAGAAGUUGACAGCUUUGAACAGGGUCGCAAAAGUUGAAGAGAUAGCUGACCUGAUGUUGUUCCUGGCGAGUGAUAAAGCUAAAAGUGUUACCGGAGCCAAUUAUGUAUCGGAUAAUGGAAUGCUUUUGAGAGUAUAAUUAUGUUAGUGUAUUUAGAUAAUUUAAAACUUGUAUGGGUUACUGAAAUUUCUUGAAUGAGACAAAUAGAAAUUAUAUAAUAAUUAUAAUUAAA